AUGCUCGAGGUAAAAUGGUUUAAGUAUGAUGUCCACAUUGCCAUCCCCGACCCAACGGUCGAGUAUUCCAACAACCCGAUCGCCCCUGACGAUGAUGUUUCGGGGAGAAAGUUCCGCGUGCGUGAGCACUGUUCCAUGGGAUGGGAUGACUCGAAUCAGCUUGGUAACAUGGCCAACUCAGGAGUCCUUCCCGCUGAGGUUCAUUGCCCGGAUCAACCCCUUAUUGAAUUUGUUUUCCGUCUUAUAUGGGCCAACCCCACCCUGUUCGGCACAAAAGACAGGAUCCUCACAAGCCGAACCAUCAAUGGAGCCAAUAAAAUCACCUUUAAUAGACCGGAUCUCGGAUAUGAAGCUCUGAAAUUUCGAGAUGAUUUUGUGGCGCCGCGUGUCAUGCAUGUCGUUGAUGGCAUCGCGAAGGACUUUCCCUUCAGUAUACUCCAUAACAAUGACUCCGCGGUUCAUGCUUUCAUCAACAUAAAUGUUAUAGACUUAUGGGACUAG